CAGUGACGUCAUAGUACAGACGGAGCCCCAGCCAUCGGCAACUUGUGACGUCACAGUACAGACGGAGCCCCAGCCAUCGGUCGCCAGUCUAUUCAACACGCUUGAGGAGUCGCUCGGCCUUGUAACCAUGACGACGUUCGACGCUCCGUCAGCCCUUGGCGAGGAUCAGCUGACGGCGCUCCUGCAGAGUCUUCCCCACUUGGAGGAGCUGACCGUCAGGGUCCCGUCCUUCGGAACGGGGCGGUGGCUGCGGCUGCUGCCGACGUCACUGAGGACGCUAUACGUUGCCGGGCCGGAGGUGACGAAGCCGAGGUGGCCGGGACGGCACGGGAGUGGUCUGUCGGUGUCUCUCCAAGGGGUGACUGCCGACACCAUCAGCCACCUGGCCACGGAGCUGGGGUCACGGAUUACCCUACUAGUCACGGAUGCACAAAUAACUACUAUUCCAAGUCAACUUCGUGGUGCCAUCAUCAGGGUGGACCCAAACACUGUCAUCCUUCCGGCCGGAGUCGGUGACAGCGAGCUGACGGAGCUGCGGAGCUCACGGGAGACUGUGGAGCGGCUGUCAGUCUCCGCCGCCGACCUCCCGCUACUGAGGGAGCAGCUGCCGGAGGGCCUCGAGUGCCUCAAUGUCAGAGGGCCGGAGGUGACGGAGCCGAGGUGGCCGGGACGGUACCGGGAUGGUCUAUUGUACUGA